AUGGAUACCGAGCAGCACCAGCAGCACCAGCAGCACCAGCAUGCUAAGCGAGAACUAGACCGAGGAGGAGAAGCAGCAGGAGGAGGAGGGGUGGGAGAAAGGAAAGACCACAGCCAACAGUCCCCGGAACCCCCUCGGAGUAAGAAGCGGGCUAAAUAUACGUCGGUUGCUUGCAACGAGUGUAAACGCCGCAAACUCAAAUGCAGCGGUGAGACCGUCUGCUCGCGCUGCACGCGCGACCAGGUGCGCUGCAUCUAUACGCCCAGCGUGCACGCCGUGCAUGCGGUGCCAUCCUUGCAUGCAGCUCAUUCGAUGCAUGUUAUUGGGUCUGGGACGGGGGCGUAUACUUCGUUGCCGAAUACGCCAAGGCCCAGGGAGGAGGAUGGUAUUACGGAUCGGAUCCUGUCGACGCGGUUGCGCACGGUGGAUGCACAGAUUGAGGCGCUGCAGCGGGAGAUGCGGGCUUUGGUGGGGAGGAUGAGGGUUUUGGAGGGGCAGGAGCAAGGGCAGGGGCAGGGCACUGGGGGAGCUGCUGCUAGUAGUGGUGCUGGUGGUGGUCCUGCCGUGACAACCCCCGCCAAUCACAUCCCCACCGCCGUCUCGACCAUCUCCUCCACCUCGGCCAGCGCGGGCCUUCAUCGGAUCAUGAACCGACCUAAAUCGCCGACGUAUAUUGGUCCGACCAGUGCGGAGUUUGGGAUUGCAGACGGAAAGCGGCCGCAUGGGGGCGAGGUUGAAAUCGAGGAUGAGGAUGAAGAUGAGGAUCUAGGAUCCACCGCCGCGCCGAGUCCCAUCCCCGUUGCUGAUGGCGAGGGCGAUCCGCUACGGUGUCUGGGCUUGACGGAGGCGUUACGGCUGGUGACGGUCUACGAGCAUACAGUGGGGCUGAUCUACCCGUGCGUGGAUCUGGAUAGCGUUCGCGCGUAUGUGGUGGAUUACUAUCGCGACGAUGGGCUGUCGAAGUCGCCGGCUCUUGGGGUAGGAGGCGGUGCGGAGGAUGAUUGGUUCUUUGCGCGCGACGCGGAGGUGUUGAAGAUUCUUCUGGCCACGGCGCUGUUGGCGGAGUCGCAUGGAAGGAGUGAGCGCGCGGCGCUGUUGGCUGAUCGCGUGGAGGAUCAGUUCGGGAUGCGCAUGAAGGUGCCGGAGGUCGAUAUGAAGGAGUUGUUGAUUUUGGCUUUACUCUCAAUCUUCCACUCCUACCGCGACGACGAAGUCAUCGCCUGGCGCACAAUCGGACUCGCCGUGCGCGGCUCCAUGCAACUCGGCCUACACUGCCAGGAGACCUGGCAAAAGACCGGAGGUGUAUUUCCCGGGGAGCUGCACCGCACCUGGGCCAGCCGCCUGUUCUGGUGCAUCUACGUGCUGGACCGCAAGUGGUCGUUCGGCACGGGGCUCCCCUUCGCCAUCCAGGACGCCGACAUGGACACCAACCUGCCCGAGCCCGGCACGACCACCCCGUACCUGACGUGCAUGAUCUCCUACGCGCGUCUGAGCUCCAAGAUCUGGGGGUUAGUUGUGGGCUGGCGCACGCGGCCCCGCGCCGCCACCACCGAUUACUGUGCCUACCUCGACUUCCAGGUGCAGCAAUGGAUCCAGUCCAUCCCACCGGAGCUGCGCUUCGACCCGGCCCACCGCUCCACGGCGCGCGGCGACUCGCCGACCCACGCGGACAGCAUGAUGACCCUUCAGGUCCUGCUGGCGCUGCAGGCCAAUCAGCUGCGCAUCCUCGUCUACCGCCAGUACCUGCUGAGCGGCGAGAGCAUCGAAGACAGCGUCGCGGGCGCCUCCAUCGCCGUCGAGACGGCCAAGAGCACCGUCCACAUGCUGGACUAUUUUAGUCGUGUGUCGGAGAUCUACUACCAGCGCCCGGAGCCGUUCAACUACUUCCUCAUUUCGGCCCUGGCCGCGCUGUUCUUAGCGGUGCUGCACGGCCCCGCGCGGUUCUCCCAGGUGUGUCGUCCGGAAUUCUACAAAGCGGUCGAGAUGGUCCGUCGCUCGUCGACGAGAGCCCGCACCUCACGUCGCCUGCAGAAGAUCAUUCGCAGCUUGAAGGUUAUCCGCUUGAACCUGGGGAAGGAGGCGAGGCCCCACCAGUCCCCAGACGCCCGCAGAGAGAUUCCAGGCAAAUAUGCACAAGGGUACACCAUCCACCCCUCGCAAACAGCCACAGGAGGCCUGACGCGACCGCAACCGCACCCUCAACCCAUGCCGAGCUCGUCAAAUGGACUGUGGUCGUUGGCCGCGACAUCGACGGAUCCUGCGCCCGCCGGGGAUAACGGGUGCGAGGAUCUGACGACUUUCUUUGAGAUGGCGGGUGGGCUGUACUUUGAUCCGAGGGUGCAAGCGGGUGGGGAGGGCGUGGCCGUGUUGGCGGAGGGGUUGGGCGGCGAGUUGGCGGCAGAGGAUGAGGCAUUGACAAGGGUGAUGGCUGAUCUUUUGUGA